AGGAACAUGAGGAAUCACACAGAGCUCCGUGAGUUUAUUCUACUGGGAAUACCUCAGACAGCGGGAAUGGAGACUGUGCUAUUUGUCAUCUUCUCACUUAUUUACCUCUUCACCUUGCUGGGCAAUUUACUCAUCCUUACAGCAGUUGUUUCUUCCUCUACCCUUCACACCCCUAUGUACUUCUUCCUGGGACUCCUAUCUAUUUUUGACAUGUUGUUUCCAUCUGUAACCUGUCCCAAGAUGCUGUUCUAUCUCUCUGGCCAAAGUCACGCCAUUUCUUACGAGGGCUGUGUUGCACAGCUCUUUUUCUACCAUUUCCUGGGGUCUACUGAAGGGUGCCUCUAUUCUGCAAUGGCAUAUGACCGCUUUGUGGCUAUCUGCCACCCCCUGAGGUAUAUGCUCAUCAUGAGACCUGGGGUCUGUGUUGGCUUGGUCAUGGCAGCCUGCUUGGUGGGUUGUCUUCACGCCACCAUCCUGACCUCCUUCACCUUUCAGUUAACAUACUCUGGCUCCAACCUGGUGGACUACUUUUUCUGUGACAUUCCUGCUGUCUUACCCCUGGCCUGUGCUGACAGCUCCCUGGCCCAGAGAGUGGGCUCCACUAAUGUUGGGUUUCUGGCUUUAAUGCUCUGGUUCAGUGUUUGUGUCUCCUACACGCGCAUUGGGAUUGCCAUUCUGAGAAUCCGCUCGGCAGAGGGCAGGCAGAAAGCUUUCUCCACCUGCAGUGCCCACCUCACUGCAAUCCUCUGUGCCUAUGGUCCUGUGAUCAUCAUCUAUCUGCAGCCCACACCCAACCCCUUGCUUGGGGCUAUGGUACAGAUAUUAAAUAAUAUUGUGUCACCCAUGCUGAACUCAUUAAUCUAUUCCUUAAGAAACAAAGAAGUGAAAAGUUCCCUAAAAAGAGUGUUCCGCCAUCUAGUAUUUAUUUCUCUGGAAUAA